GUUGGUACCACCACCAGGAGUCAGUUAAGAAGCUCCUCAACAUCCCGACUGGAAGCUUCAGCUCUCAGCCGAGCGGACCUGUCCAGGCUGCCCGGGUCUUCACUGACCAGCAGCAGCCUCUCUGCCGCAUUUCUGGGCUGAAACCAGGCUUCGGAACAGAGCAGCUCAUGUGUAUUUGCCCCACCGUGUAUCUGUGGGCAUAAGGACGGGAGGACCGAGCGAUGUCUUCGCCGGGUUUCACAAACCUGAACAGCUCCGUCAGCUACAGCCAGAACUCGACGCCGAACGGUGGAGCUGCGCCCCCCUAUCAGAACGGUCCAGCACAGACAUACCAGUCCAUGUAUCCACCUACAGGCUGCUAUGGAGCCCCACCUCAACCACAGAGCUACCCCACCACCCCUGCCCACCCUGCUCCUGCUCCCAACAAAUUUCCCAGUACGAACAGUGCCCACAGUGCUUACUACUACCAGGGAAACCAUCAGCAGCAGCAGCACCAUCACCUCCCUCAGCACCAUGUAGCACCCUCUCCAUACAGUGCUCCCUCCAGCUCUGUCCCUCUUUCUCAGGCAUACGCCACCCUCCCCACCUCAGGACAACUACCACCACCCCCACCGUCAAAUGCAGAGUACAACCAACAGCAGCAGCAGCAUCCGCCAUACGUCACUCCAGGAUCCUAUUAUGGACAGCAGUCAUACCCAACACAACACUCCCAACAGCAGCAACAACAACAGCCCAGUUUGGUGCCUGCUCCAGCUGGUGCCACUGGAGCUCCCCUCUACCCAAUUGUUUCGUACCCAUCUGCGCCAGGAAGUAGCCAGUAUGGCACCCUGACUUCCUCACAGAGCACCGCCACCCCUGGAGUCAUGGCCACCCAGAUGGGUGCACCCCUGCAUCAGUAUAACACCUCCAGGUCAGCCUCCACGACAGCAGCACAGCCUGGGUACAGCGUGGCUCCUCGUAGUCAGCUGGUGCCAACAGUUAAUGGUCAAGGAAGCACAGUCCACCAGCAUUAUGACCAAAGCCACCAGGCUUCCCUGAGCUACGACUCGUAUGGCGGGGUCACACACAGCAGUGGUGGUGGUGCAGAGGCGGACCGACCACCCUCAGGAACCCCCUCUACUUCAGUUCAUUCUUCGCCGGGCCACCACCAAGGCAUGCAGUAUGGAUAUGUUGCUAAUAGUGGAGCUAGCUCUGCCUCUGCCACCACCUCAGGCCCAGCCGCAGCCCCCUCGUCAUCCAGCUCUGAUGAUGAUGAUGAUGAGGAGGAGGAGGAGGAGGAUGAGGAAGCAGGUGGCGACACUUCCUCCUCCUCUACCGGCAGUGCCUCUCCGGUGCCCAACAGCUAUGAUUCCCUGGAAGGGGGCAGCUAUCCAGAUUCCAUGCCACCUUCCAAUGACAUGACCAACCAGGCUGCGCCCUAUGGUAACUAUGGUUACCCCAACAUGCAACCAGCCUAUCGACAAGGGCCACCCUCCCAUGCUGACUCUUCCCCCUCUCAUGACCUGUACGGCCAGUCUAGCUACCAGCAGUACUCCCAGCCAUUCCCGAAUCUGUCCCAGCUGUCUGCAGCACUCGGGGGGCUGAGCGGGGUGCCGGAGCUGGAAGUGGAGGCCCUGAGACCAGUCAACCUGCUUCAGGAGAGGAACCUGCUGCCCCCCAGGCCCAUCGAAGCCCCGGAACCCAACCUCAGCCCCGACCUCAAAAAGGUCAACUGUAGUCCACAAACAUUCAGGUGUACCCUGACCAGCAUCCCCCAGACCCAGGCACUACUCAACAAGGCCAGGCUCCCUCUGGGCCUCCUGCUCCACCCCUUCAGAGACUUGCAGCAGCUACCAGUGAUCACGUCAAACACGAUCGUGCGCUGUCGCUCCUGUCGCACCUACAUCAACCCGUUUGUCACCUUCCUGGACCAGCGCAGGUGGAAAUGCAACCUGUGUUACCGGGUCAAUGAUGUUCCAGAUGAGUUCAUGUACAACCCAGUCACCAGAUCGUAUGGUGAGCCCCAUAAGAGACCAGAGGUCCAAAACUCCACUGUGGAGUUCAUCGCCUCCUCAGACUACAUGUUGCGACCUCCACAACCGGCUGCGUACCUGUUUGUUCUUGAUGUGUCUCACAAUGCUGUGGAAGCAGGCUACCUUAAGUACUUCUGUGAAUCACUACUGGAUAACCUUGAUAAGUUGCCCGGGGACACGCGCACCAGGGUGGGCUUCCUUACCUUCGACAACACCAUCCACUUCUACAACCUGCAGGAUGGACUGUCACAGCCGCAGAUGCUAGUGGUGUCGGACAUUGACGAUGUCUUCAUACCGUCUCAUGACAGUUUAAUGGUGAACCUAAAGGAAAGCAAAGAGCUGGUGAAGGACCUGCUGACGUCGCUGCCAGCCAUGUUCAGCCAGAGCAGAGAGACCCAUAGUGCCCUCGGCCCGGCGCUCCAAGCAGCCUUCAAGCUCAUGUCGCCCACUGGGGGCCGUGUCACCGUUUUUCAGACCCAGCUGCCGACGCUGGGGGCCGGAGCACUGCAGUCGAGGGAAGACCCUAACCAGCGCUCAAGCACGAAGGGAGUUCAGCAUCUCAGCCCGGCUACAGACUUCUAUAAGAAACUUGCACUGGACUGCUCAGGUCAACAGAUUGGGGUGGAUCUUUUCAUGCUCAGCUCCCAGUAUGCUGACCUCGCAUCACUAUCAUGUAUAUCCAAGUAUUCAGCAGGCAGCAUCUUUUACUACCCCUCCUUCCAUUACAUCCACAACCCGGCUCAACUGGAGAAGUUCCAGAGAGAUCUGGAGCGCUACCUCUCCAGGAAGAUCGGCUUUGAAGCGGUCAUGAGAAUACGAUGCACUAAAGGUUUAUCCAUCCACACGUUCCACGGUAACUUCUUUGUGCGCUCCACUGACCUGCUGUCCCUUGCGAAUGUGAACCCAGACUCUGCCUUCGCUGUCCAGAUGUCAAUUGAAGACUCUCUGGCAGACUCCUCUCUGGCCUGUUUCCAGGCUGCUCUGCUCUACACCUCCAGUAAAGGAAAAAGAAGAAUCCGGGUCCACACUCUGUGUCUGCCGGUGGUCAACCAGCUGAGUGAUGUGUAUGCUGGAGCGGAUGUGCAGGCCAUCACUUGUCUAUUAGCCAACAUGGCCAUUGACCGGUCAAUAUCGUCCAGCCUGUCGGAUGCUCGUGACGCGCUGGUGAACGCGGUUGUGGAUUUGGUGACCGCCUACAAAAGCAACGUGUCAAACCUGCAGCAGUCUGGCCUCAUCCUCCCUGCUGCUAUGCGCCUCUUCCCCGUGUACAUCCUGGCUCUGCUAAAACAGAAAGCAUUGCGGACAGGCACCAGCACACGACUGGACGAGCGCGUCUUCGCCAUGUGUGAGUUCAAGACGCAGCCGCUGCAGCAGCUAAUGCGAAUGGUUCAUCCUGACUUGUAUCGGCUGGACAACAUGUCUGACCAGGGGGCGCUCCAUUUGAAUGACACAGUGGUUCCUCAACCUCCUCUGCUCCACCUGUCUGCUGAGAGGCUGAGCAGGGAUGGAGCUUUUCUCAUGGACUGUGGCAACGUGUUCUAUCUAUGGAUCGGCAAAUGCUGCAACGACAUGUUCAUCCGGGAUGUUCUGGGCUGCCCCAACUAUGCUUCAAUACCCCCAAACAUGAGUCACAUUCCUGAGCUGGAGACUCCACUGUCUGAGAGAGUGCGAGCGCUCUUCGACUGGCUGCAGGAUAACAGAGCGUUCAGCUCCACGAUACAAGUCGUCAAGGAUGAAGCUUCAGCUAAAUCUGCGUUCUUCCAGCACCUGGUGGAGGAUCGGUCUGAGUCGGCUUCAUCCUAUUAUGAAUUCCUGCAGCACAUUCAGCAGCAAUUGUCCAAGUAGGCUCCCAUCACAUUGAGAGAAACUUCAGUCUUCAAGCCCAGGCGUGAAAAAGGAUUUUCAGCCUCGUAGAGUGAAAACUAGCGUUAGCCACUGACGGACACCCAUCGCUCCUUCAGACAGGUUUUAGCGAGGUUGGUUAAAUCCGACACCGUUAAAGAAAUCCACCCUCGAAGCUCAGUGGUCAGCUGGGACCUGACCAUCAGAAAGGGAAGGAGGAGGAUAGUUGUAGAAAAGAUUAAAAGUACUGAAAAUUAAAAUGAAGGACGAGGAUUUGCUCCACUUCAAAAUGAGAUAUUGAACCUCUCCUCGCUGCCUCUUUACCACUGUCAGACCCCCAUUUCUCCUCUCGUCAAAUCCAUCGAUGCUGAGAAAAGAAGGGGGAAGUCGAGCCAAGACGAUGCCACUUCAACACAUUUUAGUUCGAGUUGGUUUUUUUUGUUGUUUUUUUUUGUGAGCCUCACAUGUAGCUAGUGCGGUUUAUUUUAUUAUUUUUUUAAAAUAAUUUAUUCCUCUCCUCACUCCCCCAAGACUAUUUUGAAUACACUGGAGAACAGAACCAUGCAUUCCUUCUGUUGUUUUGUUUUUUUUGGCAUGUGCUUUGAAAUCCGGAACGCAUGUCACCGUUUAACCGUUUGCUGCUAGUCUGAGGAAGGACGACUGUAAAGGGAAGAUCAUCGGGCAGUGGCUGGAUGUUGAAAAACCCCCAUGUCGGCUCUUCUCUCCUCCGCUCUGUGAACUCCUGAUUUGUCGAGAUCAAACUCCAAACCCGCCACCACUGUCAACAAUCUUCUUGUCAUUUGUUUUAUUUUUCCAGGCGCUAACUGAAGUUGCUAUCCACUUUGUAACUAUUGAAAAGAAUCUUUUAUGUGCGAUAAUUUAUGAACCAGCUUAUUAAAUAAAAAACAAAAACAGAAUC